AUGUGUUUGAAUUUGUGUGGGCUCAAAUGCGCCGCGCUGUCUUCUCAGCAGCCGACCUCGGUUGAAAACUGGAAAACAAGAUCGCAGUGCGAAAGAAAACAUCUGUUCACUACAAAGCAUGUUUGUCUUCUGCACACAAAAAUCCUUUCUUUCUUUCUUCACGUUUCUGACUUUGUUCUUACUACUUAUCUUUAUUUACUUUCUUUCUUUCUUUCAUGCGUCUCCCGUUCCAUCAUUCGUUCUAUUUUUAUUCAUUCUUUCGUUCGCACUUUUUUUUUCUUUUUUCUUUCGUUUUUCUUUUUUUCGCUCUUUCUUUCUGUAUUUCGUAGUUGCUUUCAUUCCUUAUUUAUUAUUUUCUUUCAUCCUAUAUUUCCUUUUAUUUUCGUUCGUAAUAUAUUCCUUUUUUUCGUUUGUAAUUUGGUCUUUCUUUCAUUCUCUCUUUGCCUAUGUUUUUUUUUUUUAAUUUACUUCGUUUUUUCCUUAUUUCCUUUUGUUCUUUCUGCGUCUUUCGUCUGGUUUUUAUUUAUUUUUUCUGAGCUUUUUUCUUUUGUUUCUUUCUAUUUUACACAUGUUUUCUUUUUAGUUCGUUUUCCGUCAUUUUAUUUUCACUCUUUCUUUGCUUUUUAUGCUUAUUUCUGUUCUCUUUCCGUUUUCUUUCUUUUUCAUUUCUUUUUCUUUCAUUUUUUUUUUCUCACUAGUGUCUUUUUUUUUCGUUUGGUUCUUAGUUAUUAUUUUGAUAUUCUUUCGGAUAUUCUUUCUUUCAUUUUUUCUUAUUUCUUUUUCUUCAUUUUUUCCUUACUUUAUUCUUUAUUUUUCACUCAUUCUUUUUUCGUUUCUUUUUCUUUCUUCCUGUUUCCUUCGUUUUUUCUUUCUUUUGCAUCCUUUUUUUGUUUCUUUUUAUUUCUUCUAUUUUCGAUCUUUAUUUAUUUCGUUAUUUUUAACUUUUUGUUCUUACUUUUUUAUUUUAUUCAUUCGUUUUUUGUGUUCUUUCUUCUAUUUGUUUGUUCUUUUUUUAACUUGAAUUUUUCAUUCUUUUCCUCAGUUGCCAUAUUUUUUUAUAUUAUUUUACACUUCUGUCUGUUCUUAGUUAUUAGUUUCUUUUUAAACAUUCUUUAUUUCUAUACUUUUCUUUCAUGCGUUCUUUUUUCAUUCAUUCUUUCAAUAAUUUUCGGUCAUACAUUCUUCAUUUAUUUUUCAUUUGAUCUUUUUCUGUCUUGCAUUCUUUUAAUAAUGCAGUCUUUUUUCUUUCUUUCAUUUGUGGCUUCGUUUUUCUAG